UUCCAGUUCCAACAAGGUUUGUGAAUUUCCCGCGCAAUACCACCGUGAACGAGAGUGACGUAGCGGAAGUCACGUGUGGUGGCUAUGGUAACCCUGUUCCUGACAUCACGUGGUCAUUGAACGGACAUAUGCUGACCAAUAGCAGCAGAGUAACUGUCAUUGGUGGAAAUCUGCUGAUAAGGAAUGUUAGAAGAAAUGAUACCGGAAUGUACUCUUGUACUGUUGAGAAUUUUUUGAGAAGCCAAACAUCUUCAGCUUAUUUAACUGUUCAAGGUAAAAUGUUUUAUAAAUGUUAUUUAAAUUAAUCAAAAAUCAGUUGUAUUUUAGUAGUUUGUCAAGUCACAUGUGGAUUUUAAAAUCUCAGAUUAUUUUAAAAUAUUCUCUUUCUUUCUUUUAUAUUUCCCAGUCUCUCCAACGAUUCACGAAGUCCUCGGCCCAUCUCGGGUGCAAUGGAAGCAGAAUAUUUUAUUUUCCUGCAAACUAGAUGGAGUCCCCACCCCCCGUGUUAUCUGGUUUAAGGACAUGAGCAAAAUCCCAUACACCUCAAGGAUAUAUGCGCGAGGGAGUGAGUUACAUAUCAUAUCCUCGGGAAACGAUGAUACUGGAAAUUAUACUUGUGAAGCAUCUAAUGUAGUUGGUUCAACUAAAAUGACGAGACAACUUAUUGUUGAAGGUGGGUAAAAUUAAACUAAACUAAAUAUCUAAUUUGUGCUGAAUAGUUCUGUCAGUACCAGCCCUCCAAACCAAUGGCGACCUAAAUCUGACCCAGGUUGGCACCUCUCGGCAUUUUUUACAUCGGAUACUAUUUCCAGCAUUAGUUGUACCCAGAUCCUCCACAACCACUUAUGGAGACAGGGCCUUUUCCAUCGCAGCCCCAAAACUAUGGAACAGUUUGCCAGUUAAUUUAAGAGAAUCUAACUCAAUCAACUUGUUCAAAUCUAAAGUUAAGACACACCUCUUUCAAGAGGCAGUUUUAUAGACUUUUAUACUUCGUAAUUCAAUGGUCUUUUCCCCUUAUAACUAAAAUUUUGAUCUAGACAAGUCUAGACAAAAAUUUUAUCACAGCUUGAAAGCGCAUCACAAAAUUAGUAAUAUUCCAAAGUUUCGUUGCGAAAUGUUGUAAAAUGCGGAUAAUAUAGCCUUGCGAAAUUUGCAAUUUUCAGUCAUUUUGUAUUACAAACGGGAAAUUGAUGCCCCGACACCCGAUUGGGCUGUCAAUUUCCCAUGCGUAAUACAACAUGACUGAAAAACGGCAAACUUCGCAAGGCUAUAUUAUCCGCAUUUUACAACAUUUCGCAACGAAACUUUGGAAUAUUACUAAUUGUCGUGAAGAUAACUGUACUGAGAAGAACUGGAUUGAGGCCAAACGUUGACAGGUUGGCAUUUAGUCGUCUUUGCCGAGUGCCGACCUCGUUUUCGAGGGUCCUAGUGAUCCAGUAAGGACGAUCCCUUAGCACGAUCCAGUAAGAGCCACCAGAGCCAUAACAGAAUAGUAGAAGUCAGAAUUGAAUCUCUCUGGAUCACCAAUUAUUCAUCUGCAUUUAUUUUCUGAUUUUUCCCAACCAUCUAGUUCCUCCCAAUGAGCCGUUGAAUUUAAAAAUCAGAGAGAUUACUUCAACAUCUCUUCAAAUACUCUGGCAUCCUGGCUUCAAUGGAUAUAGUCCUAUCACUUCGUACAAGUUAGAAAUUCGUAGAAACUCUACUCCUGUCUGGAGCACAGUUUCAGAGCGGAUAAAGUCAGAGAAUUACACUGUGGACUAUUUGAAACCUUAUACAGUGUAUCAUCUCAGAGUGCUUGCUGAAAAUAAGAUCGGAUGGAGUCGACCCAGUGAGAGAGUUUGGAAUCGUACGGGAGAAGACUGUAAGUAUAGAUUAAACGUGAUUAAUUUCCCAAUCAGUGAAAUUGAUCCGCACAUGAAUCGCUGAACAGAAAAGAUUGCCCUUACGCUAAUCUAUUUAUUGUUACCAUUUUAGCUCCAUCCAGCCCAACUGGUCUCCAAUGCCAGACAAUCAAUUCCAGUACGAUAUUCCUAACCUGGAACAAACCAUCUCUACCCAAUGGUAAACUUCGAAAAUACAAUAUCCAAUACAGUAACCAAAGCAACCACGCUGACGUCAGCACAGCAUCAAUGACCCGCUAUAUCCGCGGACUACAGCCAUUCACGUGGUACACAUUUCGUAUACAAGCCGCCACUGGAGGAAAUCCUGUGUUGUUGUGGGGGAAUUAUUCUUCCUACGUGAGCUGUCGAUCUGGGCAAGCAGGUAUUUCGAGGGUCUGAGUGUACGUUAAGACGCUAAUGGGGUGGGAAGGCCCCGGUAAUUCUCUCACAAACUUUAAAGUAAUGCUUAAUCUAUAGGGUCAUCUGGAGAAAAACUGUAACAGUAAUGCAUAAAUUGUCUCGAAAAUUUUUUUUCGUCUUUGGUUUUUGUUGAUGGAGAUUUCGAACGAAACUAUAAACAUGUUUUAGACCUAAACAGGGAGCAGUUGCGAAAAAUGCAACCACAGGACCUAUGGCAGGAAUCACUGAGCUGUACCACAAGAGCCCUGUACCACAAGAGCCCAGAAAGCCCUGCGAUCACUGAGCUGUACCACAAGAGCUAAGGGGUCACUCAUUAUUUAUGGCCGGGGGGGGGGGGUGAAGAGAAAAUGGGUGGGUAAACAAAAUUUUAUGGGUGGAAAUGGGUGGGUUGAAUAAAAAUGCACCAAGCCAAAGGGUGGGUAAAGUAAAAAUCAUUAAGUCAGAAAAUACUAAAAUAUCAAUUCAAGAUAUUAUUUGUUUUAUUAAGAACAAAUAAAUAUCAUUUACUGAUAUCGAUUUGCAAAGUAUUCCAUUUGAACCUGCCCGAUAACAGUCAUGAAAAAGUUACAGAGUUCAUAUAUACUUGUUGGCUUUUUUGCCCUCUCAAAAACUGAAAUAAGUCAAUUUAGCUUUUAAAUAAGUAAAUUGACAAAUUGCCCGUUCAGUUUUUCUGUGGAUUAGGUUUGUGGAAGGAUAUAUAAUGUGGAAGGGUUUAUAACAAGAUUAAAUUAAUUUUAAAACUCUUUCAUUUUCGUUUUAAAACUUUCGCUUUGUUCAUAGUACUAACUUUUAUAAAAAAGAUAGAAUAGAAUAAAUUUUAGAAAUUGGAUUUAGAUGUUUCUUCUAUUUUUUUCAGCGCCAAUAGAUGCCCCAAGGAACUUGAUGGUGCAGUCAUCAGGACCUCAUUCUAUCUGGGCCAGAUGGCAGGUAUAUAAAACUUACGAAAUUUUUGUAGCUGUUACGGUUAACAUGCAUGUAUGUGGGUAUUAAUGCUUGUUUCAGUUUACGAAAGCAUGGAAUAGAACAAAGGUAACUAUAAGCAUUAAACUGAAUUAAAUCAGCUGCACUAGCGAACAACGCUUAUACUGUACAUAAUUCGAUGUACAUAUUACUUUCUAGAAAAUUCCCAUUGGGUCUGAAAAUGGCAUUGUCAUUGGUUAUUAUCUCCAGUACAAGACCCCGUGGGAUGUAAAUUAUACACGUAUAUUCAUCGCUGGGAAUGAUACAUUGCAAUACAAUAUAACUGGGCUGUUUCCAUGGACUAACUAUACAGUUCAGAUUGCCGCCAUCACAGUGGCACUGGGACCAUGGACGUUGCUAAGGGCAUCGGAGACAGACGAGAGUGGUAAGUAGGGAUAUGUUAGGAUAGUGGCAAAUUACUCCCUUGGUUUCACUACAUUUCUUUCAUUAGGUUUCCCCGUAGUAACACUGGAUCAACAAGAGAUGAUUCUUACUGAACCUCUAGGAAGAACAGUUUAGAACUGAUCAGAGCUAUCCAGUAUAAAUAAAGUUAGUUUUAGUUUAGGUUUCCUCCUGUACGUAGUAACACUGGACAAUAAGGGAUGACUCUUACGGGAACUCUAGGGAGAACAGUAUAUAACUGUAUAAAUAAUAUUUUACAGUUCCAUCCGGACAGCCAAGUAAUGUCGUUGUUAAAGCAAUCACUUCGAACAGUCUAUCAGUCUGCUGGAACCCACCACCGUUGGAAAAUCAAAAUGGUGAAAUACGUGGUUACAUGGUGUUAUAUGGUGUGGCAGACUCUACUGGAGUAAGCUGGAAUCUCACUACAAAUGAGACGAGCGUAGAGCUAUCUGGGUUGAUGAUAUUUACCAGUUAUAUGGUGAGAGUGAGGGCAUUCACUGAUGUUGGGUUUGGACCGUAUAGUGAUGAAGUUGUGAAUAAAACUUUAGAAAGUU